AUGGCGCCCUCCACCUUGGAUCUGCUGGUGAUCACUUUCAAUUGCGCGAAGGCGCUGAUCAAUCCGCCCAUAUUUGCAGGCCAUUUGCAAACCAGCUUCAGUCAAAAUGCCUCUAGCCUACCCGAUUUAGUUGUUUUUUCUCUGCAGGAGGUUGCACCAAUGAGUUACUCGUUCAUCGGUGGCUAUUUCCUCAGUCCCUAUUUCCAACGAUUCGAGGAUGCGCUCAACCUUGCCGCUCUCCAAUUCGAAGACGAUAGACAAGACGUUGUCUUCAUCACACGCACAGAGCAACCCAAGAAGCCCUACAGCUUAGUUCGAGCCAGAAAUGUGGGCUACACGGCCAUUUUAUUCUUCGCCCGCGACCCAGACCGUCUACACAACAUACAAGAAGCAGAAGUUGGGUUCGGCGCUGCUGAAAUGGGGAACAAGGGUGCAGUUGGCAUCAGAGCUUUGUUUGAGGGUACGGCCGGAAAAGAGACCGAAGUCACAUUUAUUGCCACCCAUUUGGCAGCAAUGGAAUGGAACCUGGCAAGGAGAAAUGCGAACUGGGCCGCCAUUGUGAGGGGUAUGACCUUUGAGAAUCCGGAGGUUGUGAUCGAAAAGCACCGGGGAGCAAGCCCGGCUUCUUCGGAGGACGAUAACGAGGUGGAAACGGCAGGGCUUCUCCGUGAUGAACAGCAUGUCGACCUACAGCGCCAACUUCAUGAUAUAUCCGUCUUCAAACCAUCCUCCCACCUCUUCGUUGCGGGAGACCUGAACUACCGCAUCUCCACCACGUCCCCGCCGCCAGGCGCUGCCUUUCCUUCCCUUGACCCCGAAUCCGAAAACCACUACCUCUCCUUUCUGUCUCGUGAUCAGCUUACUCGCGAGCGCAAGGCUAACCGUACCCUCCACGGCCUGAGCGAGGCAGAAAUCAAGUUUCCACCUACCUACAAGUAUGAUAUCAAGCCGGGCAGCGAGGAUGAGAACCCCGAGUGGUCCUUUGCUCCCCAUCGAUAUCCGAGUUGGACUGACCGGGUACUGUAUCUUGAUACACCAUCUCCUAGCGAUGAAUCCGUCCAAAUCGUUGCAUAUAAUGCUAUGCCAGUUGUCGCGACCAGUGACCAUCGCCCUGUAUUCCUGCGUGCAUCGGUUCCGCUGAUAGAGCCUGCAACCCUAGCCGGAAGCCUCACAGGCGCCGAUCAAUCAGAUCCCCGGGUACGGCUACCAGUCGAGAUCGACCCAGAGGCUUGGGAGAGGAGAGUGGCCGCGCGCAGGAAGGAGACAGUCGUUGGGUGGACGAGCUUCAUUUGGAGCACCCAGCAAGGCGCCAUGAUUUUGGGAACAGUUGUGGCGCUUGCAGCUGGGUGUUACUGGUUCCUUACAGCGGCAAGCACAUGA